AUGCUGCGGCACGGCUUGACGCGCUCGCGUUCACGCAUUUGCAGUCCGUUGGUCCGCUUCCCUCUCAUUUGCAGUCCCACGAUCCGCUUCCCUCUCAUUUGCAGUCCCUCGGUCCGCUUCCCUCUCGCUCGUUCCUUGAGCAGCAGCACGCGCCCGCGCAAUCCGUCGCACUCGCUUGUGGCGGCGCUCGAGCAAGAGGCUGGGCCGUCCAACGCAUCAGGGGCAGGACUGCUCGUGACCGGCGGAGUGCUCUUGGCAGCAGGAGCGCUCUGCUAUCUGGCCUACGACAAGGCCGUCCGGGCGUACGCCUUUAUGCUCCUCGGCUCGGCUGCUACAGAGCAGCUAUUCAUGCAGCAGCUCGAGGGCAAGGUUGAGCUCGAGCUGCUGCUCACGCCCUUCUCCUCCACGGGCGAGAUCUGCGGCCUCCUAUCGCCCGUCGCGGAGGCGCCCUCCACUCCCGGUCCCCUCAAGCACCGCGCCUUCACGCUCAUCGGCCCGAACGACCAGCUCACCAAGCGCACGCGCGAGAGGCACGCAACUCUCGGCAUCAGGCAGCAGCCGCCAGUCGCGAUGGUGCGCCGCGUGGACCUACUCGCGCCGGUGAGCCUGACGGCGAGAAAACAUCCGGGCCAUGGGAAUAUCGGCAUUAUGGUUUCUGGUUUCUGGUUUCUGCUCCGAAAGCGAGGCUGCCGCGAUCCCGAGCGGAAACGCCGUGGCAGCCAACAUGGCUGCCUCGUGCAUCGGACGCCGACCGGCGGGGCCGUUGAGCUUGUCAUGCCCAAGCCCUGA